AUGCCCAUCUCUUCCUCCAACACCGCCUCCCCUUUGAGGGUGGUUGCCCAAAGGUCAGGAUCAGAAGUGCUGGAACUCCAGGAUCCAAACAACAAUGAGACGUUUCGAAAUGUACACAUGGUCAGCAUGCAAACCAUCGCUAUUUCGUCGGCGGAUGUUCCCAGGAUCGACCAGUUAUCCUACGAGUUUGCCGGAUUCAUGGCAUUGAGGCAUCUGAAUCAAAGGAACUCUUCCAUUGUGUCAGACCUAGCAGAAAGAAUGAAAGGAUGCGACAUCAAGUUCACCUACGAGAUGUCCAAUACACAACGCAAUCAAUUGGUGGCUCUCAAGACAGUACAAGAAGUGGCCACUCGACCGGACAUGCAGCUUGGUGGCACUUUUUCCAGGGAACAAGCAAGACCUGCGGCCAUUAUCGGUGCAUCCAGUAGUGAACUUUCCCUGGCUAUAGCCAAUUUGGCAGGGAUAUACCAGAUACCCCAAAUCUCUGGAUUGUCUUCAGCUCCCGUUCUGGAUGACAAGUCAAGAGCGCCAUAUUUUUCAAGGACAUAUCCCACAAACCAGGCUGAUGCAGAUGCUCUCAUGAUAUACUUGAAGUCUUUAGGUGUCUCUCAUUUCGGGUCCAUUUACAGCCGCGAAACUUAUGGAGACUCGUUUGGCGAGGCAUUGUCUGUCGCUGCCGCAAAACAUGGACUCGUUAAUUAUUUCACAAGCUAUGAGAUAUGGGGUGAUCAGGUGAUGCAUACGAUGUUGGAAGGCCUGCAGUAUCUCAAGUCCACACAAGUCAGAUACAUUUUUGCCAUUGUUUAUAACCAUCCUUUAAGCAUGGAGUUCCUGCGGGAGGCAAACAAACUUGGAAUCAUCGGACACCCAGGCUACACAUGGUUUCUGAGUGACAGUGCAUCCUUUCUGACCACUAAAAAUUUCCAUCGGGAACUGGCAAUAGAUGCAGAUGUUGCCAGAGCCAUUAAUGGAGUAGGAGUCUUACUUCCUGGAAACACUGUCCAUCACAGGCUUCGAGAGACCCUUUUACAUGACUAUCAAAACCAGCAGCUCCAAGAAGAAUUUGUAGCAGAACACCAACUUGAGUUGCUUCCUCUUUUUGACGACUUCAAUUUUUCCAGUACAUCGCUUCUUCCUUCAAUCUACACUGGAAUGGUAUACGAUGCCGUCGUGACUGUUGGGUUGGCAGCUUGCGAGCAAUCAGACCGGUUCUUCUCCCCAGACAGUUUGUUAGAGUCCAUCCGAAAGCAAGAAUUUGAAGGAGCAACUGGCCAUGUCGCUUACAACAAUGUCACUGGGACCAGAGAUAUCCUAGGACUUCAAUACAAAAUCACCAAUGUGGUUCUUGCAAACGACAGCCAACAGCUCACUCCGGAGGAUAUCAAUUUCAUUGUCUCAACUCCAGUGGCAAUUGAGUUUCCUUCCAAGGUAGUUGACCUUGGUGUGGGGCCUUUCAUUUACACUGAUUACACAACAUCUGCUCCCCCGGCACUGCCCCUUCUCGAAGUGGAUUUGAAACUAAUCCCUAAAGGGAUCCAGGGCUUUGGUUGGGGACUCAUGGCAGUCAUCCUCUUUCUCUGUGCAGGCUGCAUUGCCUUUGCCCUAUAUUACCGCAGAAAGCGAGCUCUUGCUGCAGCCCAACCUGCAUUUCUGGUAAUGAUUGCCAGUGGAUGUGUAUUCAUGGCUGCUGCCAUUCUUCCGAUGUCCCUUCAAGAGCCCAUUGAGGAAUUCAGACUGGACACUGCUUGUGUGUCCCAGUUAUAUUUGGUUUGCAUAGGGUUCUGCAUUUCCUUUUCGGCCCUGUUCUGCAAGCUGCACCGAAUCAAUAGGCUACAUGAAGGAGCAAGACAAUUCAGAAGGGUUCAAAUUGAAGUCAAAGACGUCUUGUAUCCGCUCGCCAUUAUGGUGAUACUGAAUCUGAUUGUUCUCGUUACCUGGACAUUUGUUGACCCAUUGAGAUGGAAUCGUCGUGAACCAGAGUUCUCUAGAGAUGCAUUCAAUAGAAUCAUCUCUACCUAUGCUACCUGUACCAGCAGCAAUGGAACCUCAGGGGCAGUCUUUGGUUCUUUCCUGUUUGCCAUUAAUUUUGUGGCACUGAUAUUGGCCAACUGGGAAAGCUACAAGGGUAGAGGUUUGCCUACAGAGUACAAUGAAACGAAAAGGAUAUCACUUUCUAUGUUUUCCCUCAUUGAAGCUGCUGCAAUUGGAAUUCCCAUCCUGUUGGCAGCUCAAGACAAUCCAACUGGCUUGUUUCUUGUCAAGGCAAUCUUGAUCUUUUUCAUUUGCCUGGCAGUUUUGGUCCCCAUGUUCCUGCCUCUUUGGAAUAUUCAGACAGGCCGCGAAUCUGCCACACGUUCAGUCGUUUCUGCAAGCAGUAACCAAUUCAGGAAAGUAGUUGUGAUGGGUCGAGAGACAAAAAGUACAGCAACGCAGCAAAAUCGGUUCACAUCGGCCAACAACGCAUCUGACAGGAGCAAGGGUUUGAGGAAGACAGACCCAGAAUGGAGCGAUGAUUUUUACCAUGGCUAG